AAUUGUGCAAGACUCGCAAUUUGAGACCGUACAUACUUUAUUGACACAAUGUUAGUUUAUUACUUUAAUUGUUUAUUCACCUUUUAAGCUUUGGCGUGUAUGACUUGACGUUUUUGUUUUUGUAAAUUGCACAUACUGCACAAAUAAUAUUUCGCUCAAUGAGUUGGAUAAAUGAUACCAACACGGAAACGCAUUUUUUUAGUUAUAUUAUUAAUUGCCCUACUGGGCCUCUUGCUGCGCUUUCUACUCUUCAAUCGUCCACUACCGGAUUUGAAGGACGAAGCGAACUACCGAAGAAGCACCGGAGAGCCAGUGUUGGUAAUGGUGUUCUAUGAGGCUCUUUGCCCGGACUCCAAAUACUUUAUUACCAAGCAAUUGUUGCCCGCGUACAAAAAUGCUGCUCCCAUUAUGGAGGUUCAGCUUGUGCCUUAUGGCAAGGCCCACACAAAGACAGACGCUGAGGGUAAACUGAUCUUUGACUGCCAACACGGUGCCACAGAAUGCCAAGCGAACAUUUAUCAUGCAUGCGUAGCAGAAAUUAUCGAUGAUCCAUUAAUCCGCUUAGAAGUUGUUAACUGUAUGAUUCGGGACAACCGAUUACCCAAAGAUGCUAUGCACAAGUGUGCCAAGCAACACAAUUUUGAGAAUAUUGAUCUGAUUCAAAAGUGCUUUGAUAGCAAUCAUGGAUCGGAAUUGAUGAAACUGAACGGCGAUGCAACAUCCGCACUUCGACCCCAAGUCACAUUCAUUCCAACAAUAACAUUAGAUGGAUCGCAGGGAAGACAGGCGUCAAUUUUAAAGGAUCUACUUGGCGAGAUAUGCAAGGUGGCAGCAGGCAUGGAUCAGGCUGAGAAAAUUUGCAAACAUUAGUUCAAAAUAUUUUUACAUAAAUCAAUUUUUAUAUAUAGACUGCAAUUUUUGCAAAUUGACAAUUGUUUAUUAAAUUGAAUUCUUGAGUUUUACAAUUAAUUAAUAAAUAUAAAAAGAACAUACGUUAGUCAACAUAAUUAA